AGUGAGUGAGAUGAUGCGUUCAAUCAGUGAGUGAGAUGAUGCGUGGCCUUACUAUUUCAUUACUCUAUGUUGGUGUAAUAGGAGGAAAUAGAAUAACAAACGAAGUUGAUGGAAUUGUUUUUGUUGCUUGUUAUUCUUGUGCAGUGGGAAGGGAGCAUUUCUUUCAAAAUACCAAUAAGCAGAUGUCAGAUACAGAAUGGAUUUCAUGGCUAUUGCCGUCCUCUUGAAGAGUGUUCGGGAGUGAACAUGUUUGAAGUCUCCAACUGUACUACUGGUCUUGUGUGCUGUACAAGUGGUGAAAUCAGUCGGAAAAUGUGUCACGAGUAUUCUCAGUUUGUAUAUGACAGUGACUCUGCAGUGAGCCUGAUGGCUCAUACUUUGUCACCAGCAAAAGAAGACACUUGUGCCAUAGUUGCAGUGCCUCUCAUUGUUGGUGGUGAGAAAGCUCGGUCGAAGGAAUUCCCCCACCAGGCAGUGCUGGGUUAUGGAGAUCCUUCUGACCCCAAAACCUUAUGGGAAUGUGGAGGUUCACUAAUUAGUGAUUUAUUUAUACUAACUGCUGCACACUGUGCCCUGCCUCACCAUCGACCAAGAUUUGUCAGAUUGGGUAUCAUCAACCUCAAGCUUGAUCUGGAUAAUGAGCAGAUUUAUCCUGUGAAAGACAUUUUUAUCCACCCAAAUUACAAUAAAAUACAAAGAACACAUGAUAUUGCCUUGGUGAGGCUUUCAAGAAAUGUGGAUUUCACACCGUAUGUACGUCCUGCAUGCAUAGACUACAGUGGAGUAAUUGCAGAAAACAGAGCAAUAGCUACAGGCUUUGGACUGAUUGGCCACGCUGGUGAGCAAAGUAUGGAUCUUUUAAAAGUCACUUUGGAUAUUCUUGAAAAAAAGGUUUGUCACCACACUGUGAAAAGAAAUAUGAAAAAAGGAUUAUACAAUAGUCAAAUUUGUGCUGGGUAUAUAGCUGGUGGCAAGGAUACAUGUCAGGGGGAUUCUGGUGGUCCAUUGCAAACCAUCAAGAAGGUUCCAUACUGUAUGUACAACAUCAUCGGACUGACAUCAUUUGGUUCUAUGUGUGGCUUUCAACACUCCCCGGCUGUCUACACGAGAGUCUGGAGUUUUGUCCCGUGGAUUGAAACUCUUGUGUGGCCAGAUGAAAAUAACAAUUAAGUAACAUAGCGUGAAGACAAGUUAUGUAUCUGGUUUACUGACCAAGAGUGUGUUUCCUACACAUGUACAUAAUAAAUAAAAUAAUUAUAUACAAAAUAUUAUGGAA